UGGAGGAACCCCCGCACCACGGAGGGACCCCCGCACCACUCAGGGACACCCCCCUUCCCUCUGUACCUCUUCCCACGGGAACAAUAAACCCAGACCCGACGGUAAUGCUGUGGGUGUCUCCUGCGGGGCUGGGGGCAACGUACAAAGCUGAGCCCCCCCGCACCCAACGCAAACCUUCCAGCUCCGCGCUGCGCAGCACGCCGCCAAUUCCCGCGCAGGUGGGCGUGGUCGUUGAGAAGCCACGCCCACAUCGCGCGUAAACCACGCCCACAAAAGACGUAGCCCCGCCCCCAGUGCGGGGCCAAUCAGAGCGGCGCGUCGUUUUCAAAUGGGCGGCGGGGAGCGGCGCGGCGGGAGCGCGGCUAUGCGGGGAGUGCGCGGCAAUGCCGCACAACGGCGGCCCCUGCAGGAGCUGCGGCUGCAGCAGGGAGCGGAGCGUACCAACAUCACCCCGCUGCUCCGCCGCUUGCGGCUCAAGGACCACGAUGGCAGCACUCCUGUGCCCUGCUCCCGGUGCCCCCCUGGCCGCAUUGCCCCUGGGCUCCCCUGCACUGCUGUCCCGUGCUCCCCCUGCAGUGCUGACCUCAGCCCCCUGAACACCCCCUUAAAGCCCUUGGGCAGUGCCACCCCGGGCCCCAUCAGCGUUUUGGAGCCCUCUGGCCAUGCCACCCUUGUUACAGAUGCCCCAGAGCCCCCAGGUGAUUCCACCUCAGGACCUGACACCCUGGUGCCCCCAGAUGAUGCUCCCCAAGAGGACAGCCCCCCAGAGACCCCCAGCAGGGCCCCCCAAGAGCCCCAUGGCAGUGCCCCAGUGCCCUUCCCAUUCUCCCCCAGCCUCCUCCCCCCACUGCCUCCCUCUCCAGACCACCCCAGCAGCACUCCUUUGGAGCUGCGUACUCCUGAUCCUGAUGGCAGCACCUCCAUGGGGCCCUGCACCCUGGACACCCCUGGCAGCCCCUCCCCAGGCCCCCCAGGCACCUCCACCCCACAGGACACUCCGUUCCGCAGGUGGCGAGCGGCUCCCCCUGAUCUCUCCUGCAGCCCCGUGGCUUCCCAACCUUUGGCUGAGAAUGGGGAUGUGGGUACUCCUCCACAUCACAGCACCUUGGGGGUGGCUGGAUCCCCCAGCUCUGCCACACCAGAGCAGUACUCCCCCCAGAUGGAGGCAGUGGAGUCAGAGCCUGUAGAGUCAGCAGUGGCAGCCACUCCGGUGUCUUUGUCUGAGCCAUCCUUGGGGGCUGUGUCCUGGGUAAUGCCACUGGUGUGGCUGGAGAAGACCCUCCCUGCCUCAUCCCUGCUGGAGUCCCUGCGGCACAGCCUCCCCCUGUCUGUGUCGUGGCGGGAUGCUGGCACCAAUGUCACCCCAGUGCCUACUGCAGCUGUCAGUUCUGGUGUCACCCCAGUGCCCACUAUAUCUAUGGGUACCACCGUAACCCCAGUGUCCGCUGUACCUGUGGGGAGCAGCAUCACCCCAGUGCCAACCAUGGCCACAGGCACCAGUGUCACCCCAGUACCCACUGGGUCCAUUGGCACCAAUGUCACCCCAGUACCCACUGGAUCCAUUGGCACCAAUGUCACCCCAAUAUCCACUGGAUCCAUUGCCACCAAUGUCACCCCAGUACCCACUGGAUCCAUUGGCACCAGUGUCACCCCAGUGCCCACCAAUUGUAUGGGCACCAGUGUCACCCCAGUGCCCACUGUGGCUAUGGGCACCAGUGUCACCCCAGUGCUCACUGUAUCUAUGGGCACCGCCAUGACCCCUGAGGAGAGGAGUGCUGGCACCUCCAUGCCUGCUGGUGCCAAGGACAGCGCUGCUGAGACCGACUCUCUGCUCUGGCACUGUCCCCGGGAGCAGCUGCGUUCGCUGCCACGAGCAGAGCUGGAGGGGCGGCUGGAGAGCACCCUGAUCAUCAUUGAGGCCCUCUCACUGCAGCUGCGUGACUGGCAGGACUGCCAGCGCCCACUCCCUGCUGUGGGGCCAGCAGGGCAGAGGGAUGCACACACCCAGACUGAUGUCACCCGGCCCCAGGGGGAGGAGGGAAUUUACCACGGCCUCUACGUGGAGCUGCAGAGGAAGGCGCAGGCUGUGCAGCGGCAGCGUGGAGCAGAGCAGGAGCUGGCACAGCAGCUGAUGCGAGCAGCAGAGGCAAUGGAUGCAUGGACUGGGCAGCGCCGUGCGCUGUGGGAUGUUGCAGACACUGCUCUGCAGGGCAUGAAGAAUGACCAUGCAGCGCUGGAGCAGGAGCGGCUGCAGGUGUGUGCCAUGGUGUCCCGGUGCGAGGCGGUGCUGCGCGCUGUCCCCACCAAGCUGCAGAGUUGCCUGCAGGAACGGGAUGCUGCACAGCAACAAGCGGAUGAAGCCCUCUGUGCUAAGCAGGAGAGCGAUGGUUUCCUGGAGGCGUUCCGUUCCCAUGCUGCUGCCCAGAUUGGUGCCCGCACGCAGAGCCUGGAGCUGCAGCAGGAGCUGAGCACGCUGCUGGCAGCUGCUGUGCAGCAGCAGGUGUCCCUGGCUGCAGAGGCUCAACCUUUCCGGGAAUUCAUAGACGUGACCUUUGCCAACCUCCAGGAAGAGCGAGGAGUGCUGGAUGGAGAGAGGGAGCAGGUGCGUGCCCUGGUGUCUCGCUGCAUGACUGCGCUGCGGGACGUCCCCACCAAGCUGCACAGCUGCCUGCAGGAGCGGGAUGCUGCGCUGCAACGGGUGGAGGAAGCCCUCCAAGCCAAGAAGGAGGUGUCCCAGCAGCUGGAGGAGACCCUGGAGGCUCUGCAGGAUGCGGUGGCCCAGGGGGAGCAGCUGGCAGUCACCAACUCACGCCUCAGCACAGACCUGAGCACGGUGAUGAAGCAGCUGGCCAGCCUGCAGCAGGAGCAGGACGCACUGCAGCAGGACUACGAGGAGCAGAAGGAGAAGAUGAACCGGCUGACCAAGGAGAGGGAUGCUCUGCAGCGGGAGCGCCGGGAGCUGCAGGAAGCAGCGGAGUGCCGGGAGUUUCUGGACCAGGAGAACCGCAUGUCCCGCAGGCAGCUGAUGGAGGUGGAAGCCAAGCUGCAAUCCACGCUGUCUGAGCUGCAGGAGCGCAGCCUGCAGCACGAGGAGCUGCUGGAAGCCCACCAGGGCCUGCAGGAGGAACGAGCCGCCUUGCAAAAGGAGCUGGAGAGCACCAAGGCGGAGCUGCAGGACCUGCAGCUCAAGAGGGACAGGGUGUCCUGGUGUUCAGCAGGCAUUGCUGAGAGCAAGGCGAGGCUGCAGGAGCUGGCUGACUGCCUGCGAGCUGCCCUGCUUCAGCAGGAUGAUGAUGACAAGGUCCCAUCGAGGAGCAAGACCUGGACCCCAGGCUGGAGGACCCCCCGAGGGCCCUGGACCCCUCGCAGCAGUGCUUGGACCCCCGUGUGCCGCACACCCGCCUGCCACACACCACACCAUGCCAGGGGGUCCUUUGUAGGCAGUGUUUUGAAGGCCAUGUCAGGAAGAGAUGGUGAUGAAGGCACUGGAGGUGAGAGCCUAUCUGCCAGGGAUAGGGCUGUGUCCACACCAAAGCCCCCAGAGCCCGAGGAUGGUCUGAUGGAGCAGGCAGCUGAGCUGAGGGCUGUAGUGUCUGACCUCUCUGUGCUGAACUCCCGCAUCCAGCAGUUGGAGCAGAGCAAGUUCAGGGCGCUGCAGGCAGAGAUCUCUGACCUGCAGCUUCAGCUGGAGAAAGUGACAACUGAGAGCCAGGAGCGGAUGGACACACAGGCUGCCACCAUUGCCAAACUGAACAAGGUGCUGCAGGGCAAGCUGCAGGACGAGAAGGAGCUGCAGGACGUUGUGAAACAGCAGGAAGCGAAGGUGCUGCAACUCAUUGACAAGAGCGGGGAGGUGAUGAGGCUGAAGGAGGAGGUGACCCAGCUGAAGCGCUCGCUGCAGCGUGCAGAGACCGAAGCCAAGGUGCUGUGGGAGGAGAUGAGAGGACAGGAGGCCAAGGGGGUCUCAGCCCACGUGCAGGAGCGCGUCCUGCUGCGGCAGGAGGUGGAUAAGCUGCGCUUGCUGCUGCUGGAGAAGGAGGAUGAGAAUGUGGUGGUGUCAGGGAAUUACCUGGAGCAGGUGCGAGGGUUGGAGCUGAGGCUCAGCCACGCACAGAAGAUGCUGCGGAGCCAUGAGGAGCUGCAGGAGAAAGUGAAGGAGGUCCUGCUGUCCAUCCCCGAGGUGCCCCCAGAGCUCAGUGCCCUCCUGCAGCAUCUGGGGUUGAAGCCAAACAGUGAUAAAUCUCCAGCUCUGCUGUAACCCACAGUGUGAAACGUUGCCAUUCUUAACACCGGCGUUAUUUAUUGAAUAAAGUUUGUGUUGACAUUCA